AUGAUCAUAGUGCCUGUGGGAGCUCUUAUCUCAAUGAGCUAUAUAAAACCAUGGUCUAUUAAGUUUGGGAUUCCGGCAAUAUUCACAACAGCAGCUACCUUGGUCUAUGUAAGUGGUUCAUGUCAUUAUAGCCGAGAACCUCCAAAAGGAAGCCCGUUUACUACAGUAUUCAGGGUCAUUUGUGCUGCUACUUCCAAAAUGUUCAUCGGCACCGGUCGGCUAUAUGAGAGAGUGAAACGUUCUGAUGAUGAUCCUACUCUUUUUCUGGCACACACCAACGAUCUACGUUUUCUGGACAAAGCUGCCACAUUUGUGCCAAACCAACACCCGGAGAAACAAAAAAGAAACAGGUGGAGGCUUUGUAGAGUAACAGAAGUUGAAGAAACAAAGCUUGUCAUUCGUUCAAUUGGCAUAUGUUCAUUCUUCAUUAUCUGCGGGCUCGUAUCCGCCAUUGGCCACACUUAUUUCAUCUCUCAAGCAAACCACUUGAAGCGCAAGAAGUUCCCUCUUCUACUCCUUCCCUACUUUUGUGACGUCUCGAAAUCAGACUACAGAAAUUUGUUCUUUAGCAUUAAAUCGUCAAGCAAGUAUCAUCCCCCGAUCGGCAUCGGUAUUUCCAUGAUUUUGGCCAUAAUUUGUUGUAUAGUUGCUGCAAAAGUGGAGACUAAGAGAUUACACGUGGUCGCGAGAUAUGGUCUAUUUGACAAGCCUGAAGCUGAAAUUCCUCUGUCAAUUACUCAUUUGAUACCUCAGUUUAUGUUGCUCGGAGCCCUCGAUGGAGUUUUCGAACAAAGCGUUGCGAGUUUCUUCAAAAAGCAGGUCCCUGACACCAUGACUCCAUACAUGGCUUGGUUAAGCGAGGGCAUCCGUGGAGUAGGGAUAAUCAGCAGUGUUCUCUCGGUGUUCGUGGUCGGAAAGAUUAGCCAAUCGGAUGGGAAACCGAGUUGGUUCCAAGACACCCUAAACCGGAGUCGUUUGGACCGUUAUUACAUGACAUUAGCUGUUCUAGUUUCAGUGAACCUUGUUUUCUAUGGUUUGGUGGCAUUUCGUUUCAAGUGGAGGGAUUCAUUAGAGUUUGAAAACCCUGAAUCCUCACGCUAUCAAGAAACCGUAGAUGAAAUCAAAUAUGAAGAUCCCGACGAUCUUAUUUCAAAUUUGGGUGGUUAA